CAGGCAGGGCGGGGCGCGCCGUCUCCUGGCCUGUCUGGAGGGCGGCAGCGGCAGUGGCGGCAGUGGCGGCGGCACGGCAGGCACCGGCCCGGGGAGCGGCACCAUGAGCGGAUCACAGAACAAUGACAUGAAAAGACAAUUUCUGCUGGAGCGACUGCUGGAUGCAGUGAAACAGUGCCAGAUCCGCUUUGGAGGGAGAAAGGAGAUCGCCUCAGAUUCCGACAGCAGGGUAACCUGUCUGUGUGCCCAGUUUGAGGCCGUCCUGCAGCAUGGCUUGAAGAGGAGUCGAGGAUUAGCACUAACAGCAGCCGCGAUCAAACAGGCAGCAGGCUUCUCCAGCAAAACCGAAACAGAGCCCGUGUUCUGGUUCUACGUGAAGGAGGUCCUCAGCAAGCAUGAGCUGCAGCGCUUCUACGCCUUGCGCCACAUCGCCUCGGACGUGGGCCGCGGCCGCGCCUGGCUACGCUGCGCCCUCAAUGAACACUCCCUGGAGCGCUACCUACACAUGCUCCUGGCCGACCACAGCAGGCUCAGCACUUUUUAUGAAGACUGGGCUUUUGUGAUGGAUGAAGAAAGGUCUAGCAUGCUUCCUACCAUGGCAGCUGGUCUGAACUCCAUACUCUUCGCGAUUAACAUCGACAACAAGGAUUUAAACGGGCAGAGUAAGUUUGCUCCCACCGUCUCGGACCUCUUGAAGGAAUCCACGCAGAAUGUGACCUCCCUGCUGAAGGAAUCCACGCAAGGAGUGAGCAGCCUUUUCAGGGAGAUCACGGCAUCCUCGGCUGUCUCCAUCCUCAUCAGGCCUGAGCAGGAGACCGAUCACCUGCCCGUCGUGUCCAAGCACAUCAGUGCCGAUGCCAAGUGUAAAAGGGAGAGGAAGAAGAAAAAGAAGGUGACUAACAUCAUCUCGUUUGAUGACGAGGAAGACGAGCAGAGCUCCGGGGAUGUUUUUAAGAAGAUCCCUGGGGCGGGGGAAAGCUCGGAGGAGAACUCCGACCGCUCCUCGGUCAAUAUCAUGACGGCCUUUGAAAGCCCCUUUGGGCCAAAUUCCAACGGAAGUCAGAGCAGCAAUUCAUGGAAAAUCGAUUCUCUGUCUUUGAAUGGGGAGUUUGGGUACCAGAAGCUCGAUGUGAAAAGCAUCGAUGAUGAAGACGUGGAUGAGAAUGAGGACGACGUGUACGGGAGCACACCUGGAAAGAAGUGCCUGGGCCGCUCGGAGUCGCCGGAGAAGCCGCUAGAUGGGGCUGCCUGCCUCUCCCAGAUGCACAGCUGGGCUCCACUGCAUGUGCUGCAUGGCGACGCCGAUGUGCUCUUCCCGGUCAGUGGCGUGGGCUCCUACGGCCCUGCAGAUACCCCCCUCGGGAGCCUGGAGAACGGGACAGGACCCGAUGACCACGUCCUUCCAGAGCCUGGACCUCGGUACAGUGUGGAAGCCAGUCCUCCAGGCCAAGGAAGUCCUCUGAGCAGCCUGUUACCUUCUGCCUCGGUGCCAGAGUCCAUGACAAUUAGUGAACUGCGACAGGCCAUCGUGGCCAUGAUGACCAGGAAGGAUGAGCUGGAAGAAGAGAACAGGUCACUGCGGAACCUGCUUGACGGUGAGAUGGAGCACUCAGCCGUGCUCCGCCAAGAGGUCGACACCUUGAAACGGAAGGUGGCCGAACAGGAGGAGCGGCACGUCACAAAGAUCCAGGCGUUGGCAAGAGAAAACGAGGUGCUCAAAGUCCAACUGAAGAAAUACGUGGGAGCUGUCCAGAUGCUGAAAAGAGAAGGUCAAACAGCUGAAGUUGUACCAAAUCUUUGGAAUGUCGAUGGAGAAGUUACAGUUACGGACCAGAAGCCGGGAGAAGUUGCCGAGGAACUAGCCAGCUCCUAUGAAAGGAAGCUCAUUGAGGUGGCAGAGAUGCACGGGGAGCUGAUCGAGUUCAAUGAGCGCCUGCACCGGGCCCUGGUGGCCAAGGAAGCCCUCGUGUCCCAGAUGAGGCAGGAGCUCAUCGACCUUCGGGGGCCGGUGCCUGGAGAUUUGAGUCAAACAUCCGAAGACCAGAGUUUGUCGGAUUUUGAAACAUCAAACCGAGCGCUGAUCAACGUCUGGAUCCCGUCAGUGUUUCUCCGGGGCAAGGCCGCCAAUGCGUUCCACGUGUAUCAGGUCUACAUCCGGAUAAAAGACAAUGAGUGGAACGUCUAUCGGCGGUACACGGAGUUCAGGAGUUUGCACCACAAGUUACAGGACAAGUACCCUCAAGUGAGGGCCUACAACUUCCCACCCAAAAAGGCCAUUGGAAACAAGGACGCCAAGUUUGUGGAGGAACGCAGGAAGCAGCUCCAGAACUACCUGCGCAGCGUCAUGAACAAAGUCAUCCAGGUGGUCCCCGAGUUUGCCGCCAGCCCCCAGAAAGAGACCCUGGUCCAGCUGAUGCCCUUCUUUAUUGACGUCACCCCUCCCGGAGAACCGCUGACCAAGAACAGCCGGCCCAAAGUGGCUUCCCGCUUCCCCAAGCUGUCCCGAGGUCACCCCAGGGAGACGCGCAACGUGGAGCCCCAGAGCGGCGACCUCUGACCUCGAUGGCCACCCAGACUCGGGCCCUACGUGCUGCGCCAGCUGCCUCCACCCAGGCCACGGCAGCUGGCCCCUUCCACCUCGGAGGGACAACCCUGUCCCCCCGGUGAACCCCAGAGAGCACACCUUCCCCGCCGGUCCCGUGACACCCUGAUUAAACUGGGCCGUGUGAGAGCAGGGCAGCUCCUCGCUGGACAGACGCAGACAUGUGGGCCCUGCUCUCCCCGGGCCCUGCCCUGGGCCGUGAGGGCCAGCCGUUCCCCUCCCUCCAGCUCAGGGGCCAGCAGGAGGGUGGGCGCUGGAUCGGGCUCGGAGCCCCCUGGUUGAGAUGCACGAGUCUGAUGUCUCAGUUGGUCAGAAGGUUCAUUGAGAAACCCCCUCUUAACUCUUGCCCAUGUGGGAAUUCGAAUGACUGGUUUGGGGUUUUUUCCCCUGUUUAAUGUUUGCCUGCUACAACCUAUGGACGUGAAGGGUUUGGAUGGAGGCUAGUUCCUUACUAUGCACUCCCCACCAGUGGUCAGUAGACACCCUAGUUCUUGCCACCGCGCUCCAGGGAGACAGUCCCGUGACCUUCGUGUGAAGGAGCCAUUAGAGGGAUGUGGAACUGUGGUUCUUGGAGAACUUCCCUACCUCCUUAUGGUUGGUUCUGGAAGGACCAGCCCCUUUAGGAAACCUGAGGCCCCCUAGGCCCAUGUGCACCUGGUCAGGCCAGCCAGCAGCAGCAACCCAGUGACCUGUAUUGGAGAGCUCUGGGCUAUCCAGGAGUCGGUGGCCUUGGCCUCGAAAGCCUAGAGGAGAGCCCUCAGGCUGUUUGUUAGAGACUCAGCUCCGGGAAGCAUUCCAGAAGGUUCGGUGGACCUCGGGCUUUCAGACCUGGCCCCGGGGCUCCCAGGCGCUCAGCGUGGCUCUCUGUGAACUUGGACACAAGUGUCCACUCUGCACAGAUCAUGAUCAUCCCCUAAAGACGAGGGUGUGCAACACAGCCUCUGUCAGCCAGCCUGUUCUCAGCGGGAGCAGGGCCCUGUGUGCCCAAGACCAAUCCCUCUGCCCCUCCCAUUCAGAGCGGGGGCCCCCCUGGCAGCUCGCCCCAUGGGACCAGAGCCAUUUAGCCAGCUUUAACACCCAGAAUCAUGGGACUCUCUCCCACCCUGGGCAAGAGCCAUCCUCAGCUGCUGAUACAAAGAGAGGCGUUUUCUGGGGCCAAUAGCCGGUAUGCAUGUGUGGAAGGUGGUCGGUAGAGGGCUGACCACUCGCCAGCCUACAGCUGGGUGGGCGGCGUGGGCAGUCACUGAGGGUUUCCUAGAUAGCGGAAAACUCAGGAAGGAAUGACCUGGAAGCUUUGUGUUGCGUGUUCCUCCCAUCAGCCAAAAGGAAACUCAUCAGAGCCGUUAAGCAGAGCUGAGAUCAUCUACGCACAGCCCUCCAGAGACUCGGAGGAGGCCCGCGUGACUUCUGAGGGAACAUUCUGCCAGGUGAGCCAGGUCCAGGUGAGCGAAACAAGCCGGCUGUUCUCCGCAGAUGGAGUGGGGAGUGUCUGGGGGCCCUGCUGUCAGCUCGUGGGGGUCAGAGGACCCGAGGGACCCUGUGUCCUAGAAAGGCAACGUGGUUUCCCUCUUCCGCGUGUGUGCCGACGGAGCCACUGCACGUGCACUUUGUUGGAAUCCCGAGUCCCACAGUGCUGCCUUCAACACAGAGCCCUCCUCGACCAGAUCCUCCAGGACUGUCUGGAAGCUCCAGCUGCCCCAGACCCCAGACCCCAGCCCCCCGCAUUUGGAUCCCUCCACAGCAGUCAGUUGGACGCCAGCUGACAGGCUGCACAGCCGGAUCUGUUCCCAAGGUGUCUCCUCUCCGGUUGUACUAGACCCAGAAUGGAACCGCUGCCCCGACACCCCCCAGGGCCAAGGGUUCCGAUCAGCCAGCCUUUUCUGGCGCCUGACCCGAAACACACCUGAGUGCGAGUCUGGUCUCGCCUUCUCCAGCCACCCCACCAGGAGCCAGCUUUGACAUUCUGUGCACGGAGUUUAAAAGAAAAGAGCCAAAAAAAAAAAAAAAAAAAGGCAUCCAUAGCUACGGCGGACAGAUGCUGAGCUGGGAGAUACAAAUGCACUCGCAGCCCGUAUUUAAAAAGGAGAAACUCUGCCUCCCCAGUUGUUUUUUUUUUUCUGUACGCGGACCUCUCACUGUUGUAGCCUCUCCCGCUGCGGAGCACAGGCUCUGGACACACAGGCUCAGCGGCCAUGGCUCACAGGCCUAGCCGCUCCGCGGCAUGUGGGAUCUUCCCGGGACCGGGGCACGAACCCAUGUCCCCUGCAUCGGCAGGCGGACUCUCAACCACUGCGCCACCAGGGAAGCCCUGCCUCCCCAUUUUUUAAAGCUUAAUUAUUCAUGGAAAACUUGCCCUGUUCUCCCAAAAUGUGGAUUGUAAAAAGCAUGUUCCUGGGGGAGGGUCCCCCAGGACCCUCCAGGAGGGUCCCCACGGGGACCCUCCAGGCUGCUUGCUCUCUGUACCUCCGUUUUCGUGAUCCUGCAGAAACCCUGAUCUUCAAUUGCUUUGAUUUCAGCUCAGACAUGCAUGUGACAUGCACAUUACAGCACCUCCUCAAAGCCUUAACUUUGGAAUCACAUGGAAUGUUCUGCAGUGAUUAGUCCAUCCAGCUGCUCAAAAUACUCCUGCCCUGCUCUCGAGGGUGGCGGGAUGGACUUAGAAGGGGCAGACUCCCCAGCUCCUAGAGAAGGAAUAAAACACCGAGGUCCAGGCGGAGGUCUGGGACAAAUGCCAGCCCCUGAGGAUGUGUCAUCAUCUGCCCAUCAAUCCACCUCCAGUUCAGAGGGUGGGAAAUGCCCUGGGACCCAUCGGGGGGAAAGACAGCCCUUCAGAAAGGAGCAGUUGGCGUUGCUUCUCUCUCCUUGAUCAAAUUAGAAGAUUGUUUGGAGCCUCCAAAGUCGGCGUCUGAGAGAGGAAGCCACCCCCCCAUUCUGAAAGGAACUGAAGGGCCCCUCUCUCAAGACGGCCUUGACCCUCUGGUACCCCACCUGUACAGGGAGGGAGAGGCCCCUCCAGGUCCCCUCUGCAAAGCCAGGCUGUCUGCUCAGGGGCGGCUUCAGCCAGAACGGGCCACAGCAUCAACCGGGUCCAUCUCUGCCAUCUUGUUUGCUCCCUCCUUUUCCCCCAGAUAAAGGAGACCCAGGAAAAGCAGGGCUGGGUAGAGACAUCUCUCCUUAAUAGAGAAAACCAAAGCUCCCAGAAGGGCGGUCCGAGGCUGGUGGAAACCUCGCCCAGAAGCAAGCUUUCCCAGCUCCUGCUGCAGCUGGUCUGGAAUCCUGGCUUGAAACAGCCCAGCCUCUCUCCACAGUCAGGCCCUGGGCGAGGCGGCGGCUUUCCUGGAAAAGGCUGUUAAACCCCACGGUGGUCGCCUUUAACACCAGGCCCAUCCAGGGGCUUCCUGGCUACAAAAGGCAUCACCUGAUUGAGUUGUAGAGACAGUACCACCUUGUGAGAUCUGGCAAGGGCUUGAAGGGUGAGGCGGAGGGACGCGGACCAGUGUUUGUUUGUGGACAAGGUCUGGUCACACAGCAUGGGGCCUACUGAGAUGUGUUCUUUGAUAACCGCUGGAUUUUACGGGCUGUGCUGUGCCUUUAAAACAACAGAGGCAAUCAGAGCUGUUUAAGUCUGUCCGUGGGACUGAUAACACAGAUGCAGCUACUGCCCAGAGGCAGCAGGCACCGGAGGCCCAAGAAUUAAUCCCCAGGUUCUGGGCUCAGAAUCAGGAAACAGGAAUGAAGACCCACCCGCCAGCCCAGUUGCUCCGAAGCACUCCUAACACCCUGAACUAGGGCUCUGCGGCCCGGGCGAGCCGGUGGCCUUCCCUCCUCUUUUUCUCCUGUUUCCUCAGGACACAGUUUGCCCACUGGAGGACCAGGUCACAGGGUUUCAGGCCUUGGCCCCCCCACACCACCUGCUCACCCUCACAGGGGGUGCCACCAGCCGGCCCCCUCACCUGGAGGCCAGGCCCUGACCUCGGGCCCCGGCAGACCUCCCCUAACCGGUCACGCCUGGCAUCCUUCCUUCAUCCCUCAGCCUGGCAAGUUGGUACCAGCGCCCAUUCAUGGGAGGUGCUCUCCCCCAAAGGGGGCACCUCGCCUGGCGUGUCACUGACAGUAAAGAACAGGCUGGAUUCUCAGGCUCAAGCUGCGUGGGCAUCCCCCAGGACCUGCAGAGAGGACCCUGCCUGGGAGCCUCAGAUCGGCUAAGAGGCACCCUAGAAGGAGCACGCCCUGCUCGAGCUUCAACCCCAAAGGCAAUAACUAUCUUGACCCUGUCUCGGUGUUUCCCUCGGGACACUGCCACCCACACUGGACCUUCCCCCAGGCUGGGCGCUCCUGGCACGCAGGCAUCUGCUCACGAGCAAGGCCUUUUGCAACGAUCAUUUUUCACAAUAUUGUGUAUUGUUUCAUUAAAGCUAACAUUAAAUGUUUGCUGUUCAGAUUGGCUUCUGUGCUAAUUUUGCACAACUGUAGCACUGUAUAUUUUAUCUAACAUUCCCAUGCCAAAAAAUUCAUUUUUCAUGUUUCCCUAACACGUGGUCUUGAUUACGUUUCCAAAAUAAAACUUCGGCUACUGGAUCGAUAGAAGUGAGGGUGGAGCCUUGCCGAUCUCCGUGCUCUGAGCAGAGCAGCUGUCGGCUCAUCCCACUGUGACUGAAACGCCCCUGCCCAGUUCGUGACGGGAUUUCUGACCUUCCCUUCCGCCAUGCCCGUUGCCUGGAUGGGUAGUUCUCAAGUCUGUUAAGGAGCCCUUACUUUCAUCUCUGAAUCCUAAUAACCGCAUUAAAUGGGUUUCCUUAUCUACCCAAUCAGUUUAGGAAGAGAAGUGGAAAAAAAAAUCUGGUUUCUCUAAAAGAUGGUUGAGGCUAUAGCAGGGAUGAGCAACCCCACUCUAAGGACAAGCUGGACCCAUGAGUGUUUCGAGGUCCAGGGAUUCAGUUCUUACUGGCACAUAAAUGUUUUGCCAUCGUCACUGAAAACCACUAGCUGACCCGCCCAGGCUCCCCGCCUGCCCUCGAAUCCCAUCAGGUCUGCCUCUUGCUUUCAUGAACUGCAAGGGAAGAAGCCAUGCACCUCCGACAAUUCUUUCCACCAUCACCUGAGACCAUACACGGGGACGCCCUUGCAAAAACUGGGACUGAGGACAUGGAAGGUUACAAAAUGGGGGAUCACACGUUUGUACCCAGAGUUGCUAGCCCCUCCAGAGAUGAGCUGGAGAACAGGCAUAGCCAGGAGUGAGGGGGUGGUGGAUUUUUUAUUAUCUAGGAUUCAUCCUAGAAAGAAUGUCUCUGCCUCUGCAGCCUUAGUGGCACCAUCCCUGGCAUCACCAUUUGGUAGAACACUUUGCUUAACUCAUCAGAUGCUGACUUCUUGGAGGAGGGAGUCUUUUGACUACACGUGCCAUGGUGACCCAGCCGGAGUCACCCACGAUCGGGUCCCAGUGAGCCGUCUGUCGCAGGGAACAAGGCGACAAAUCUAGAGUCUAGUGUCUGGAUGUGAGGCCUAGAAGCCCGCAGAUUCGCUCUGAAACACAUAGUAUUAUCUUAACUACCCUGUUCUGUUAAGGUUUACACAAUAGAAUUUUUAAGCAAAUGUGUUUAAUUUUCUAAAAUCUCUUGUAUUAAAAUUUUCUUUUGGAAUAAGCUGUGGUAAUUUUGUUACAGUCUGGUUAAGACACACCUCUUUACAACUGACAACAUUAAAACAGUGACAUU